AUGGUACCGUACUUUUUGUUAUUGUACCUUUUCACCGUACCUCUUGGUACCGUACCUCUUAUCACUGUACCUCUUGUACCUCUUGUUACCGUACCGUACCUUUACCGUACCUCUUGGUACCGUCUGUACCUCUUGGUACCGUACUUUUAUACCGUACCUUGUUACCGUCACCGUGUACCGUACCGUAACCGUAUUAUACUGUACCUCUUGUACCUCUUGGUACCGUACCUCUUGGUACCGUACCUAUCACCGUACCUCGUGGUACCGUAUCUUUUAUUACUGUACCUCUUGGUACGUACCUCUUGUUACCGUACUUUUAUCACUGUAUCUCUUGGUACCGUACAAUAA